ACUGUGGCAUUGCCACAGAAAACAACUUCCAUCAAAUUGUUCAUGUGUGAAGCCGUAUUUAGGUUUGUUUGCAGGAAAGCAAGAACAGCCUUUACUCUCUUUUGCUAUUUAUUUGAAUUAAACAGCUGAACUCCAUAAAACAGCAGAGAAGUAAACGACCGACGCAAGGUAAACUCCCAUCCCGUUUGGAAGAUAUGAGUCUUCAGCAUUCAACAUCGAAUACGCCAAAAACCUCAUCAGCUAGCGCCGCUUCUACCAACGAAGCACAUCUACGUACGCCAUUAAGCCAACAACAAGUAAACUCAACAGAUUAGCAGCGCGUCUGACGGUGAUGUCCGUACAGCAGACGUAAAGCAACCCUCACAACCGCAACAACUACAUCAAAAGUCAACGAAGCAGAUGCACGAAAAUAUGCUACUAAUGCAGACAAUGCUGCAUAAAAAAAUGCAAAUGCAACUAAGAUGCAGCAAUUAAGAAAAAUAUGUUUGAAGGACUGACAUCGCAACAAUCGAAUACGUCCGUCCAAAAUUCUCCACCAACAUCACAGCAGCAGCACGUUAGUAGACAUUGGAGCCAGCCAGUAUGUUCAACAAACCGCCGCUGCCAUCUGGACAAACCGCCAUCACAACUAAUCGCCCCACAGCCGCACCAAUUAGUCCAGCCAACGCAAAGAAUUCAGACUGAGUUUUCCCAUACGAAUCCAGAGUUAUUUAUGCCAAGCAAAGCUAAUGUUACUAUAUUAAAACUGAUUACACAUGGUGAGAUGCAAACAUGUAUAUAUUGCGUGGAUAAGUUGCCCAUGUUCUUUGAGAAUGACGAAAACAAACUGGUGCCAACACUGUACAGUUUGUGGAAGGAUCCAGAUUUAUUGCCUUAUUUUACUACACAUCCUGGUGUGUUGCCUAAGCUCAACAACGGCGCAGAUUUAAUGUUACCAGGUGUUGUUGUUCAGGGUGUUGGAAUGAACAUGUAUGGCCAUUAUAAAAAAGGACAAAUGGUUGCUGUGAAUUUAACGUCUAACAAGUCUGCCGUUGGAGUUGGGUUUUUACCACGUUCCAGUGAUGAUUUGUAUAUGAGCGGAGGUCAUGGUAUCGCUGUAAAAAUUCUGCAUUUGUUUGGUGAUAAGCUAUGGGGAAUCGAACCUCAGCUGGCUCAACAAGUCCCUCAGUUUAAAACAACAAAUUUAACAGAUGAUGACUUUCCUGAAUUGGGUAACGAGAAGCGCAAUGAAAAACGUAAUAGAGAGCAUACGCUGGUUGGAAAUGCGGAGAUUUUAAACAAUGGUGUUGAAAAAGUUAACACUAAUCAAUCUAACAUGGAUGGUUAUAAUGUUUAUGCAGAACAAGCAGAUAUUGAAAAUGAGGAAAAUUGUAUUGUCGACUUUGAGAGCAAUAAGGAAUGUCAUGAUUCCGGCGCAGCUAAUUCUGUCACACCUGAAUUAAUUUUAAGGAACGCAUUCCUGUCUGCGCUUAAAAAUCAUGGAAAGUCAAUGCAGCUGCCUUUAUUGACAAGUACGUUUUUUCGAUCGUAUGUUGUGCCCGAGUGUGAGCAAAGUUUAGAUAUGAAAAAAACCAAGUACAAAAAGUUGUCAAAUUUUCUCGCUGAAAUGGUUGACGAGGGCUACAUAGUAGUCCGAGAGGAAUCAAAAGGGAUUGAUAAAAUAACUUCUAUAGAUUUAGAUCACCCGGAUUUGGUUAAAUUUAUUACUGAUUUUAAGAAACCUACCAGUAUCGCAGACGAUAAUCCAUUGUUUCACUCAGAAUUGACAGAGCUGUACAUUAUUACCGACCCUGUGGCUACUCUGUUUACAAAGCUAAAUUAUAAACGUGGAGAAGGUAUACCAGCAACGCAACUCAAGAAAGUUGUUCGGGAAUACAUAAACAAGGUCAACUUGGUGAUGUCAAAAGAUCCCCAAGCAGAAUCUAAAUCGUAUGUUCUGGAUGAAUGCCUCGAAAGAAUAUGUAAAACCAAUGUUGCUACAUUGUCAAAAGUCACCGCUUCCAUAAUAUCACAAAUGAAUCACUCUUAUCAGAUGUGUAGUGUCAAAGAUGUAAGUGGAAAUAAACCAAUGAUCCAAAUGUCUUUAGCCACAAGGUCUGGAAAUAAAAAAGUAACUCUCGUAAGUAAUAUUGAAUGCCACGGCAUUAUAUUGACCGAAUUCAUUAAACUAUGCAAGCAAGGAGCGGCGGCUAGUGCAACUAUUGUGUCGUUACCAAAUCAAAAGAAAGAAAUGUUACAGAUACAGGGAAAUCAAGUCAGAUUCAUCUACACCCUUUUGACGGAGACUUACAAAUUAUCACCAAAGUACAUACUGGGACUCGAGUUGGCUAAAGACGGUAAAAAGCACAAGAAAAAAUAAAUCGUAUAUCAUUGGAGCCAUAAUUUACCAGAAGCAUUAAAGAAUAAAAAAACAAAACAAAACUCA